GACAGAACAGUCCUCCGGCGCUGGGUCCGCGCCGCGGUCGCCGGCUGCUGACGUGAGCCGGCAAAGUGUGGGGCUGUGGCGACUGGUCGCUAUGGCGGUGGACAUCACUCUGCUGUUUCGGGCUAGUGUCAAGACUGUGAAGACACGGAACAAGGUGCUGGGCGUGGCGGUGGGUGGCGGAGUCGAUGGCAAUCGCGACGAGCUGUUCCGCCGGAGCCCCCGGCCCAAGGGCGACUUCUCCAGCCGGGCCCGAGAAGUGAUUUCUCACAUUGGCAAACUGAAGGAUUUUCUUCUGGAACACAGGAAAGAUUACAUUAAUGCUUAUAACCAUAUCAUGUCUGAAUAUGGGAGGAUGACAGACACAGAGCGAGACCAGAUCGACCAAGAUGCUCAGAUAUUUAUGAGGACCUGCUCAGAAGCAAUUCAGCAACUCAGAGUGGAAGCCCACAAGGAGAUACAUUCCCAGCAAGUGAAGGAGCACAGGACUGCAGUUCUGGAUUUCAUAGAAGAUUACCUGAAAAGAGUGUGCAAGCUGUACUCGGAGCAGAGGGCCAUCCGGGUGAAGCGUGUGGUGGACAGGAAGCGCCUAUCAAAGCUGGAACCAGAACCAAGCGCAAAAGCAAGAGAAUCUGCAUCUUCCGAGAAAGUUUCCGAGCCCCCUUCCGAGGACUCAGAAGAGAAGCCCGCCUGCACGGAGUACCCAGAAAAGAUGGUAGCCAAUGCACGACCUGAGCUGGGAACCCUGGGAGAUGGCAGAGGCGAAGAUGAGUUAUCCCCAGAGGAAAUCCAGAUGUUUGAGCAGGAAAACCAGCGACUCAUUGGGGAGAUGAACAGCUUGUUCGAUGAAGUGAGGCAAAUCGAAGGGAAAGUGGUGGAAAUCUCCAGACUCCAGGAGAUAUUCACAGAGAAGGUGUUACAGCAGGAAGCUGAGAUUGACAGCAUCCACCAGCUGGUUGUCGGGGCGACCGAAAACAUCAAAGAAGGCAAUGAGGACAUUCGAGAGGCCAUCAAAAACAAUGCCGGCUUCCGAGUGUGGAUCCUCUUCUUCCUGGUGAUGUGCUCCUUCUCCCUGCUCUUCCUCGACUGGUACGACAGCUAGCGGGGGGCCGAGCCCCGGGCACGCUGCAUGCGCUACCAGGGUGUAGGCUGCGUCACACCGCGAAAGGAGCGGAGGAACUGAGACAAAAACAUGGGAGACGAAACCGACCCCCCAACCUGGCCUGCAAAGGAACGCACCCAAACUGGAGCGGCCCGAGGAAGUGCUGCUCCCCCUACCCUGCACCCUGCCUGGUGACAUCCUCCAGCAGGGAGGAGUCCAUCCUUCCUUGUGCUGCUAGCUGUCUGCCUCAGCUGGCCCCACCCUGGCACCGUGGAAGGAGAAUGCCCACUGCCUUGCUGGUCUAAUAAACACUGCCAUAGCCCCGAGGAUAGCCCAGCCACUGCGCCGCUGCUUCUGAGGUAGGGUGGGGAUGGGGCAUGAGAGGACAUUUCGUGGCACUGGUCCAAGGAACUGGUGCUCAAAGAAGGCAGCGGGCCACAGGAGAGGGGAUCUGCACCCCUGUGUCUGCUUGCCACCCUCAGGACAUGGACAGGGCCCCCACUCAGGCUGACGGAGACCCUACAUGAGCGCACGUAGCACCCUGCCCUCCCCAGAGGGCGCCGGCAUGUGGUGUGGGCACAGAUGGCCCCUCCCUCCCUCGGGCAGCUUGGGCCCCUGCAGGGCUUUAUUUGCAGAGUGAAUGUCAAAAGUUAUUUUGGUCAGGUUACAGUAAUAAAGUACACGUCUGCCAGAAACCAUA